AAAUCCCUGAAUGAACAGCCUAGUCUUGUUCCACACCUCAACGAGAAAACGUUCUCAAUACAGAAUCCUCUGUUCUUUCUGUAAGUCCUCAGAGACUGACCUGUAACAGUCACAGUCCACGGAAACGUACAGCCACGUCAGCCUAGCAUGUCUGAUUGCAACACUGCUGGAUAAAGAAGUGCUUCCACAAGCUUCGUCGUCUACUCUUCAGUGCUCUAAGAGAGAGCAUUUCACGAAAAGCUGAUGGCAGCGAAAGGCUGGGGGCCUGGCACACAAUGCGUGGCCAAAUGUGAUCACAAGACGUCCAAGAAAAAUGAGCUGCCGUUUCACAAAGGUGAUCUCCUGACUAUCACGGAAAUUGUGAAUGAGAAAGGCGUGUACAAAGCUAAACACAAUAAGACUGGUGAGGAAGGGCUGAUAGCCAGGAAUAACGUGCGGGAACGAGAGGCCAUCAGAGUCGAUCCCCACAUCAGUCUCAUGCCAUGGUUCCAUGGGAAGAUCUCGGGCGAGGAUGCAGUGCAGCAGCUGCAGCCCCAGGAGGAUGGGCUGUUCCUGGUGCGCGAGUCUAUUCGCCACCCCGGAGACUACGUGCUGUGUGUCAGUUCCCACUCCGGCAUCAACCACUAUCGUGUCAUUUACAAGGACAACAAGCUGACCAUCGAUGAGAACGAUUACUUCUACAACCUCAUCGAACUCAUCGAGCAUUACAGGAAAGAUGCAUUUGGACUCGUCACCAGGCUGUCGAAGCCCAAACAUAAGGAAGGAGCAAAGUCAGCCACCGAGGAGCUCUCAAAAGCUGGCUGGCUGCUCAGUAUGGAGAGGCUGACGUUGGGAGACAAGGUUGGUGAAGGGGAGUUUGGGGAUGUUUUCCAGGCUGACUACAUGGGGCAGAAAGUGGCCGUCAAAAAUAUCAAGUGCGAUGUAAUGGCUCAGGCCUUCCUGGAGGAGACAGCGGUUAUGACGAACCUGCAACAUAAAAACCUUGUGACAUUACUGGGGGUGAUUGUGGACAACGGACUGCACAUCAUCACUGACUUUAUGAGUAAGGGAAAUCUCGUUAACUAUUUGAGAACCCGGGGCCGAUCAGUCGUCACAGUGAAGCAUCUGAUCCGGUUUGGACUUGACGUUUGUGAGGGAAUGGAAUAUCUGGAGUCCAAGAAGCUGGUUCACCGGGAUUUAGCCGCCCGCAACAUCCUCAUCUCUGAUCAGAAUGUGGCCAAAGUCAGCGACUUCGGACUGGCCAAAGGCGCGUCCAACAAGCAGGACCAGGCCAAGCUCCCCAUCAAGUGGACGGCACCUGAGGCUCUCAAACAGCAUAAAUUCUCCACCAAGUCGGACGUGUGGAGCUACGGAAUAUUCCUGUGGGAGCUGUUUUCCUAUGGACGGGCACCUUAUCCCAAAAUGGUGGAACUGAGCGACAUUGACAUGAAACCGAUAUUGUUUCAGUCCCUUACAGAGGUGACAGCGGAGGUGGCGAACGGCUAUCGGAUGGAACCACCUGAGCAGUGCCCGGCUCCCAUCUACGAGACCAUGAAAUGCUGCUGGGAACAGGAUCCGGGCAAGAGGCCGACCUUCAAAAAAAUUAAGGAAAAGAUGGAGAAGGAGAGGCGGCGAAUUGAGAGUGUCUGAGUGGAGUGGUCCUCCCAAACCCUCACAGAACAAAGGUUUACCUCUCACUUCUCACUGAAUCAAGUUAAUAGGUGGAAUACCUUCAGAUGAGACCACCAAGAAUGUGCCUGAGGGGUAACACUGGGCGUGGCUGACACUGUUACCCAACAAACAAAACUAUUGUCUUCAACCCAGAACUUUCAAUCAAGCGCCUGAGAAAUGGUCACCCUCUAGAGCGAUGAUACAAUCAGUUUCUGUGUUUCCAUUUCCUCCCUCUGCCGGGCACCAAGCCCUCGACUUGGCCUCUGGGGGCUGGAGGCCGCACCUUUGGCCCCGAAAAUCUCCAGACUCUUUUGGGCCUUUGUCUCAAAGCGCUUCACAUGACUGACAAUAAGAGACCAUCUUCCGAUGUGAAAGGCACUGUAUAAAUGUAAAUUGUUGUCUAGUGGUUUUUGGGAACUCCCACCCGAUGUGAGCGUUAUUCAAAUUUAUUUUGUUGUUGUUAUUAACAUUGCCGUACUCUCUAAUCGCACAAUGAGGACAAUACCUGUUAACUGUAAGCUUUCAAUGUAUCAGAGCAGAACCCAGGCGAUGAAUGCAGUUGGGUUGGAAUCAUCAACUUUCACCUUUGAACGUUGAUUUUCAGAAUUCUGGGAGGUUUGAGGAGGAGAGAUAAUUCCCACCGCUCGGGGAAUCGGGAACAAGAGACCGUGAGCUGAGGAACAUCACUGGAAAAGUUACUGGGAAGGUUAAAAGAAAAUCCCGCACAGGAGGUUAUUGGAGCAUGGAAUACCAGAAACAUAAACCUUAAAGGGAAUUGGCAGAUAUUCGAAGAGGAAGAGUAUAAAAGGGCACAGAAUAAGAGCAAGGAGUUGGGAUAAUUAGCUCCAAUGGGAAAUUUUGCUCAGUGGGUCAAAUAGCUUCCUGCUAUGAUGAAAGAGGAAGCUAGAUACAGAAAACUCCUGAUAACUCAACCCUGGCUUAACUUGUCACUACCGCUUAAGUCAUCAUGCUCUCAAUAUUCGGACCACUUUUAUUUAUGUAUUUACACACAUGCCUAAUUCACUGCUCCGAUAACUCGUCACUGAGCCCUUGGCCUUGGCGUGACAAGUUAUCAGGAAUUGCGUGUAAGGUAUGGGUGGAGCAUAAACACCGGCCCAGAGAGGUUGGGCUGAAUGACUGUUUCCGUGCUGUACAUUCCUCUGAUCCUUUGGUCGCUGUUGUGAGCAGAGACAUCCCCCUUGAUCUUUCUUAUUGAUACAAUGAAGGCAUCUCAGAGUUUUCAGGCAGUUUCCCACAGCUGCUCCAGUAUUUAAAACCAGUCUAAAAUGCUUUGGGGCCCGCUAAUCCACGUUAACUUACUUUGCAAAACGUCCAUCUGUUUACGAGAACUGGCUGUUAAAUUCAUUAAAGGAUUAUAACUUACACUGGCAAUAGAAUUUCCCACCAUCUUCUCACUAAACAUCCAGUCACGGUAUCACAAUUCUGCGUUCCACAGCCGGAAUUCCCUCCCACUCUCCAGAGUAAAGUCACUGCUCUCAGCCACACAGACCAACAGGGCUCAGGUUCAAAUCCCUCUCUACACAGCCCACGGGAGGGGGGGGGAGGAGGGGGAGGGAAGUCAGGGCAACGAUCCCCACUCUAUGGUGAGUUCCUAAUCCUUUUACUCCCCCCGUCAUUUUUAUUUAUCCACAUUUUACUCAUUUGCAAGGUAUUUCGCUUAUAGCCUUUAUUGUGGAGUCCCAUAGCUCAGUGGUUAGAGCACUCACCUCACAA